AUGGCUGGAGUGCCCACAAUCUCGCUCCCUGAACUGCGUUCGCUCCUGGCCUCCAGCCAGGCCCGGCCCAUCGAUGUGAGAUCUCGGGAGGAGGCGGCAGUGGGGACCAUCCCGGGGGCGCUCAACAUCCGGGUGUCCGAGCUGGAAAGUGCCCUGCAGAUGGAGCCUGCUGCUUUCCAGGCUUUGUACUCUGCUGAGAAGCAGAAGCUGGCACAGGAGAACCUCAUUUUCUUCUGUCACAUGGGCAGGCGGGGCUUGCAGGCCACGCAGCUGGCCCAAGGCCUUGGAUACACCGGGGCUCGCAACUUCGCAGGAGCCUACAGAGAAUGGUCCCAGAAAGAAGGUUAG